AUGCUGAACGAACCGAGCUACGCAGAACUGCCAUCCCCAGCGCCGACAUACCGACCAUCCAUGCAAAGAUCGACGGACAUACUGGACGCCGCAAGAAAUAUGCCAUACCCACAGAGCCCAGUGGACGGCAUGAGAUCCCUGACGUCUCUGAUCCAACACAAGAACAAACUACAGUCUUCGACCUUCGCAGAGCGUGUUUUCGAGGCUGGGAAACCAGACCUAUUAUACGACCUGAAGUCGUCGCAUCGAUUCAAGGACUCUACCGAUGGUGUACUGGACCUGACGACUUUGCAACGCAUGAGCCAGCAUGUCAUCCAGCAGAAGCUUGUCGAGCAGGUCAAGGCAAUAGGAGAAAAGGGGGCAUGGAUGGAGAUAGGCAUUCGAGAGACGCUGCAUGAAUACUGUGAAAUUAUCCGAGACCUAGAGUACAUGGAAUCAUCUGCGCUGAAGGGUCGCGCGGCCGAUCCAUUCCUAAUGUCAACAACCAAGCCCAUGGACCGCAGACUACUCGAGGAGGUUGGCCUGGCAUGGAGUGACCCCAAGAAGCGGUCGCCACGAGUGGAAGCAAACAGACUUGGGUUUACGAAACGAGCAUCACCAUCCAUGCAGAAGACGAAGCGACUCCUCAUGUCCUUCCUUGGGUGUCUGGCUCUGCUCGCUCCAUAUCUCAUCAUGAAACUCAUCGCCGGAGCACUGGUACGCAUAGUAUCAACAUGUGCAUUUGCGCUUGUGUUUGCGUUAGGCAUCGCACUAGUUAGCGACCUUGCGCCAGAUCGAAUAUGUCUGGUUACGGCAGCGUACGCUGCAGCGCUGGUCAUAUUCGUGGGUACAGACCCGCCUACAUUUGUCUAUGGCUGA